AUGACGAGAUCUAAUAUCGCUAAAGCAGACUCCAUGUCAGAAUUUUGGGUUCCAGCUUCGAACAUUACGAAGAAAUUUGAAGAACCGAUCCUUUCUGACGAGGAGAAAAAAGCUCAAGAAGAGGCAGAGAUAAAAAAUGAAGAAGAGGUGAUGCUGGGAAAAGCUGAUCCACUUCCAAAUGACGAUAUGGUAUAUUACGAUCCUGAAGACGAAAAAAUCAAACAUAUGAAAAUGGAAAAUACAGAGGCGUCUGCUAGCUUCGAAACCAAAGAUUUCGACAGAUUCGUUCCUGAGACGGCGACCACAAAAGAUGAAAUAUUCAUCCCAGAAGACAUGAAACUGCCAUUAAUUGACGAAAAAUAUUCAAAUCCGAAACAGGAAAUGAAUCCUAUUAAUUAUUCCGUAGACACAGAGAGUUCUGAUAUGGGAGAGAACUCUUUUGAUGUUAAAAUGGAAGUCGUGCAGGUGAAACCAGACACGGAAUCUGGAUACGUUAAAUCCACCAAAGCUCCUGUCAUGCUGCUGAAUGAGAAAAUUUCGGGGUUGGUUUACGAAGUAAUCAGUAGUUCCAAUGAUCCUAAGAAUCCGGAAUUUGAAAUGAAAGUGACAGUCCAAGGAGAAGAUUAUACAGCCAGAGCCAAAUCUAAAAAAUUAGCGAAGCAGGAAGUGGCUCGUCUACCAUUGAUGAAAUUAUUCAAGAUCGUCUGUGUCCCUGAUUCAACAGGAAGCUAUGCAGAUGUUGUGCAAUACUCCAUGGUAUGCAUCUGGGUCACACCAGGGAUACAUAUGGGCUUCAUUUUGGGCAAUGUCUGGGAUACAGCGGGAUGA